UAAGCCUUAAUGAAGGAACGUCAAAACUGCUAACAAUCACACAAACAGGGACUCCAGACCCUAGUGACCAAGGAUGGCGUUGCCACGGAAACUCUUUUUCUUUCUGUCAGUAAUGGCGGGGUGUCUAUCAGACUUUGUAAAAGCUGUUCCGGGGCAGCAAACAUCGUACACUGCAAUACUAAGAAGGAAAUCGGAUAGUAAAGCAUCGGUACUGUUUAACCUCAGAAGCCGGCCGAGCUACAGCAGUUCUGCAUGGGAGUCUAAUGGUCAGCCGCUGCAGCCCAGGAGGGAAAGACUCAAACAGUACAGCUCACCCACAAGCCUCUAUCAAAUGUCAGAUGGUUUCAGGCAAGAUGAUGAGAGUGUGGAUUAUGGACCAGUGUUUGUCCAAGAGCCAGAGAAUGUAAUAUUUCCAAUGGAUUCUGGAGAGAAGAAAGUGGCACUUAAUUGUGAGGCGAGAGGAUUUCCUGGCCCAAGUUAUAGAUGGCUUCGCAAUGGAACAGAGAUAGACUUGGAAAGUGAUUAUCGCUACACUCUAAUAGAUGGAAAUUUAAUCAUCAGCAGUCCAAAUGAGGUGAAGGAUUCUGGCCAAUACCAAUGUAUAGCAUCAAAUACCUUGGGCAGAGUUCUUAGUAGAGAGGCUACACUUCAGUUUGCAUAUCUUGGGAAUUUCAGUGGGCGAGUAAGAAGCGCAGUCUCUGUAAGGGAAGGGCAAGGAGUGGUUCUCAUGUGCUCACCGCCACAUCAUUCACCAGAAAUCACUUAUAGCUGGGUUUUAAACGAGUACCCCUCAUUUGUGGCAGAAGACAGUCGGCGUUUUAUCUCUCAAGAGACGGGAAAUCUGUACAUCUCUAAAGCACAAGCUUCAGAUGUUGGAAGCUAUAUAUGUCAUGUAAAAAAUGUUCUGACUAACACCAGAGUUAUGAGUCCUCCAACGCCACUAACAUUGCGCAAUGACGAGGAUGGUAGUAGGCCGCAGCACCCCCCUAGAUUUGGGGAUUCAGGACGGCCCCUACAGAUAGGGCCUACUCAGCCCUCAUAUGAAGGAGGGGCAGAAACGGGGGAUCCAGACCCGAGGCAGACAGCCCACAAACGCAAAACUGCCAGGGAGACCAGCAUGAUCUCCUCCUCAGAUCCAGAUGAUGAUGGAGAGUUUGCCUCCUGGAGGGAAUGCAUGAAACACAUCCCUACUAAACGCGACUUUCGCCUCUUAAUACAGGAAGUAAGGGACACAUGUAAGACUGAAAUUCAAGUACUCCACAAGGAUUUCCAACAACUGACGCAAAGAGUGGAGGAUAUUGAUGGGGAAGUGCAAACAACUAAACAAGAUAUAUACCGCUUACAAUCCCAAUCUGUGGCUCAAGCGGCUAUAAUCCGCGAUUUGCAACGCCAUGUUGAGGAUCUUGACAAUCGAGGCCGCCGAAAUAACAUCCGUAUUAAAGGACUGCCGGAGGCCACGGGGACCGAAGACCUACCAGCCGUUUUACAAAUGCUCUUCAAUAACAUACUUGGAGCCCCAUCCUCUAAUAAAAUAGAAAUGGAUCGUGCACAUCGUGCCUUGCGUCCAAGAGAAAAGAACACUUACAUGUUCCUAACUGUUGACAGCCCCGUUCCUACAAUCUCAUGGAGGAAAGUCAAUGGGUUCAUUCCGAGUAAAGCACGGCUAAGAAAAUCGCAGGCAGUUCUGGAGAUCCCAAAUGUUCAGCUGGAAGAUGCAGGGGCAUAUGAAUGUAAAGCUGAAAACUCUAGGGGGAAAAAUGCCUUCCGGGGACAACUGCAAGUGUAUACCCAGCCACAGUGGAUCGAGAAGAUUAAUGAUACGCAGUUAGACAGUGGAGAUCAGGUCCACUGGGAAUGCAAAGCAUCUGGAAAGCCAAGGCCCAUAUAUCGCUGGCUUAAGAAUGGGCUCCCCUUGCUACCCCAGAACAGACUUGAAAUGGUUAACGGCAUGUUGACAAUUCACAAUAUUAGUCAAUCAGAUGCUGGGAUGUACCAAUGUCUGGCGGAAAACAUCUAUGGAAUCAUCUAUGGAAGCGCUGAGCUUAAAGUUCUGGCAUCCGCUCCCUCGUUCGAGCUCAACCAACGGCAAAAAACAAUAAUCAUCACCAAGGGCAAGGAAGUCAUUAUGGAGUGUAAACCACAGGCAUCUCCCAAGCCAGCCAUCUCCUGGAUGAAGGGUGACAGAGCUGUGAGGCAGAACAAGAGGGUAGCAGUUCUUCCAGAUGGGAGCUUACGGAUUUUAAACGCUUCUAAAUCAGAUGAAGGAAAAUAUACAUGCCGAGGGGAGAACGUGUUUGGCUCGGCGGAAAUCACAACAGUUGUGUCUGUUACAGAACCAACAAAAAUAGAGCUAACUCCAAAAAGAACAGAACUGACGGUCGGGGAGAGUGUUGUGCUCAGCUGCAAGGCCAUUCAUGAUCCUCUACUAGAUGUAUCCUUCUUCUGGACCUUAAAUGAGCAACCUGUGGACUUUGACAAAGAUGAUGGACAUUUUGAAAAUAUUAGAGCUCAAGCCUCCUCUGCAGAUUUAAUGAUUAGGAACAUUCUUCUGGUGCAUGCUGGGAGAUAUGGCUGCAGGGUGCAGACCACGGCUGACAGUGUAUCAGAUGAGGCAGAACUGCUUGUUAGGGGUCCGCCUGGUCCCCCGGGGGUGGUGAUCGUGGAGGAAAUAACUGAGACUACCGCUACACUGUCCUGGAGUCCUGGAGCUGACAAUCACAGCCCCAUCCUCUAUUACAAUUUACAAGCCCGGAGCCCUUUCUCAUUAGGCUGGCAGACUGUGAGAACAGUUCCUGACAUUAUUAGCGGAGAUAUGGAGUCUGCCAUGGCACUCGAUCUGAAUCCCUGGGUGGAAUACGAAUUCCGUGUCGUCGCCACUAACAGCAUUGGGACCGGGGACCCCAGCAUACCUUCCCGGGUCAUCAGGACUAACGAAGCAGUGCCCAAGACUCCACCAGCAAAUGUCAGCGGUGGAAGCGGAAGGCGCCAUGAACUGGUGAUAACGUGGGAGCCCGUCUCGGAAGAAUUUCAGAACGGCGAGGGGUUCGGUUACAUUGUGGCAUUCAGGCCGAAUGACACCAGGGGAUGGAAAGAGAAAAUGGUGACCUCCUCCGAUGCUUCGAAGUUUAUCUACAGAGAUGAAAGCACACCGCUGCUCACGCCUUUUGAAGUGAAAGUUGGAGUGUACAAUAAUAAAGGCGAUGGCCCCUUCAGUGAUAUCGUGUUCAUCUGUUCUGCCGAGGGAGAGCCAAGCACUGCGCCAAUAGAUGUGAAAGCCACGGGCUUGUCUGCCUCGGAGAUCCUGGUUUCAUGGAAGACGUCCAAGGAUAAUGUUGGAAGACCGCUGGGCUUUGAGGUUAGUUACUGGAAUGAUAUGGAGCAGGAAGAAGCUGCAGAAAAAGUGAAAACAGCUGGAAAUGAGUCUUCUAUCAUCCUGCCAGAGCUGGAAGGAAAUACAUUAUAUCACAUCACUGUUAGAGCGUUCAACAAAGCCGGUUAUGGACCUCCUAGCGCGGCCGUACGUGGAAGCACCAAGAAAUCUCCUCCCAGUCAGGCUCCGAGCAUUGUGAAGUGGAUACGGAACGGCUCCCAUGUGUCCUUGGGCUGGGAAGCAGUCAGAUCAUUAGCCAAUGAGUCAGAUGUCAUGGGAUACAAGGUCAUGUUGAGACAAGAAGGUCACAGCAACAGCCAAGUCAUCCAAACACAGACAACAUCGGCAGUGGUUCUGCUGCCUGACUCCGGCUUUUAUAUCAUAGAGGUACGAGCCGUUAGUGAAGGUGGAGAUGGGACGGCCAGCUCUCAAAUCAGAGUGCCGUCUUAUUCAGGUAAGCUCGAAGCCUGUGUUCUCUGUGCU